AUGUGGGUGGGGUCGCGGGUGGCGGCGUGGGCGGCGGUGUGGGUGAGUGUAGGCGUGCGGGCGUGCCUGGGGGCGUGCACCAUGGCUGAGUUUCCCUGCAGGAACAAGCAGUGCGUCAGCCUGGACCUCUACUGCGACGGUCACCCGGACUGUGACGACGGCAGCGACGAACCGAACGCCUGCUCGCCGUGCAACCGGACGUACUACGGGCGAGUGGGGUCGACGUACACCCUGCAGGUGUCCAAGCCCACCAGGGGGACUCUGCCUCACUUCUGCCAGCUCACCUUCAUCGCCUCCGGGGACAUGUACGGGGACCUCGUCCAGCUCAGCAUCGACAAGUUCAACCUGGGCAGGUGA